AUGGAACUCAACCUACUCCCAACUCAUCAGCAUAAUCAGAUCAUUGAAUGGCAGAGGCAUAAACGACACGGCAUUGACCGGAAGUACUACCUUGAAAAAUCGGACUUCAACUUAGCACGCCACCUGGCAGAGGUAAUGAAUAUAUUCUACGAAAUAACCCUCCAGAUCUCAACCCCUGGCUCGGCUCGCUUGUCCAACAUUGUUGUAUUCAUUGAUCAAAUUACUGAACACUUAUCAACCGCCAUCAGUGGGACAAAGUAUCCACCAGUGUUGCGCAAUGCUUGUCAAGUUGGCUUGAAACUAACCAACAAGUAUUAUAGCUUGACGGAUAUGUCCCCUCUUUAUAGGAUUGCAAUUGGUAUGUUAGUCUCCUAG